AUGCUAUCCAUACUCGCUAGACCUAGUAAGAAACUAUCUCUUGCUGUUGGAACCACAGCAGCAGCAGCCAUUGCAGCAGGGUACUUUUACCAAGCCUCUGCAAUUAAUUCUAGUUAUAUUCACAAUGACUCGGGAACCAAGGCAGCAGCCGCAGCUACUUUUACUGGAGACAAUCAAUGGCAUGAUUUAUCAAUCGCUGCAAUUGAACAGUUAAGUCAUGAUACCAGGCGUUUUACUUUUAAAUUACCCUCUGAUGAUCACACCACCGGGUUGAUGACCGCAUCUGCCUUGUUGGCAAAGUAUGUGACUCCAAAGGGUUCUAAUGUUAUUAGACCUUAUACCCCGGUAACUGAUAAUAUGCAGAAGGGUUCUUUUGAUUUGGUUAUUAAACAUUAUGAAGGCGGUAAGUUCACUACGCACCUGUUUGGUUUGAAAGAAAAUGAUACUGUUUCAUUUAAGGGUCCAAUUCAGAAAUGGCGCUGGCAACCAAAUUCCUUUGAUUCAGUUGUCUUGCUUGGUGCAGGUACCGGGAUCACUCCUUUGUUCCAAUUGAUGCAUCACAUUGCGGAGAACAAGGCUGACCACACCAAGGUUCAUUUGUUUUAUGGGAACAAAACACCACAGGACAUUCUAUUGAAGAAGGAAUUGGAUGAUUUGGCCUCGAGGUUCCCUGACCAAAUCCACGUGACUUAUUUUGUUGAUAAGCCAAAUUGGAGUUUCCGUGGUGAGAAGGGGUUCAUUACUAAAGAGUUUCUACAGAAGCAUAUUCCAAAACCAGAUGAAAAGACCCAGCUAUUUGUUUGUGGGCCCCCUCCAUUUAUGAGUGCUUAUUCGGGCCCCAAAGUUUCACCUACUGAUCAAGGCGACCUUACCGGUAUGCUUGCUGAGUUAGGAUAUGCUAAGGAGCAAGUUUACAAAUUUUAG